AUGGCGGGAGGAGGAGAAGGAGGUGACACCAGGCAGCUAGAUCUCACACCUACAUGGGCCGUCGCUGCGGUUUGUGCAAUUAUCGUUAUCAUUUCUAUACUCUUGGAAAAAAUUAUACACAAAUUCGCAAAGAUGUUUGAAGAGAGAAAGCAGCAUGCAUUGCUAGAAGCUCUUGAAAAGAUUAAAGCCGAGCUUAUGGUUUUGGGAUUUAUUUCUUUGCUCUUAACAUUUGGCCAAAAUUACAUUUCUAAAAUGUGUAUUCCCUCCAAGUAUGCGAAAACAAUGCUCCCCUGUGUCCCCCCUGAAGAACGUCAUGGAGCUGGACAUCACACAGAGGAGGCGGGUGGUGGUGAGGCCAAAGAUGGUGGCCAUCGCCGCAGGCUUUUAUCGUAUGAACGUAGGUUUCUAGCAUCUGGGGGUGGAGGCCAAAGUUGUAAACCGGGGUACACACCUCUUAUAUCAGUGACCGGACUGCAUCAACUACACAUUUUUAUAUUUUUCUUGGCUGUCUUCCAUGUGAUAUACAGUGCCAUAACAAUGACGCUUGGAAGAGCAAAGAUUCGUGGAUGGAAGGCAUGGGAAGCAGACCAUAUCGUGGAUCAAGAUGCCUUGAAUGAUCCUAGAAGAUUCAGACUUACUCAUGAGACAUCAUUUGUGAGGGAUCACAACAGUAUCUGGACUAAAACACCAGUUUCGUUCUAUCUUGUAUGCUUUUUUCGACAAUUUUUCAGAUCUGUUCGUAGGGCCGACUACUUGACCAUGAGACAUGGAUUUGUGACUGUUCAUUUAGCACCGGGAAGUAAGUUUGAUUUUCAAAAAUAUAUCAAGAGGUCAUUAGAAGAUGACUUUAAGGUAGUUGUAGGAAUCAGUCCAUUACUUUGGGGAUCAGUGGUGUUAUUCUUGCUUGUGAAUGUCCAUGGAUGGCAUGCUGCUUUCUGGGUGUCUUUUCUUCCACUACUGGUGAUUCUGGCCGUUGGAACAAAGCUUCAAGGAAUUAUAACUCGAAUGGCACUUGACAUAUCAGAAAGGCAUGCUGUAGUGCAAGGGAUCCCUCUUGUGCAAGUCUCUGACAAGUAUUUUUGGUUUGCAUGGCCUCAGUUAGUUCUUUAUCUCAUCCAUUAUGUCCUCUUUCAGAAUGCAUUUGAGCUGACAUACUUCUGGUGGACAUGGUAUGAGUUUGGUUGGGCAUCUUGCUUCUACGAGGAUGAUAGUCUCAUGAUUGUCAGAGUAGCUCUCGGGUUAGGAGCUCAAGUGGUUUGCAGUUAUGUGACACUUCCACUCUAUGCGCUUGUUACUCAGAUGGGAUCCACGAUGAAGAAGUCAAUAUUUGAUGAGCAAACAUCCAAGGCACUGAAACAGUGGCAUAAGAAUGCUCUAAAGAAGAAACCAUCCAAGGGACGCACCGAAACUCAAACGUUAGGUGCGACUGGGGGCCCAAGAGAUCAUUCGCCGGAGCAGUCGCCGCGGCGUCCAUCGGGAGCCGGAGAUACAGAAAUGGCUGAGCAGAGCGCCACCAUAGUCACCGCCGUGGAUCACGAACCCUACGAUAACCGCGACCUACUAAGUGGGCCGUGACACGUGUCAGAACGUCCUUUCACAAAGUUGUCAUGAUUGUUUUGUUUGCUGUAAAAACACAAUUAACCCCCUUCAUCAUGGGUAUAAAAUAGGUCAAUUAGAACUAGUAGUAAACUAGCUAUUGCAUUCUUUAAUCAAUUUUGUAGCGCAGUUUAGAUUAGUUAUAUACGUAUGCUUGUAAGCCAAUUAUCUUCAUCAAUGUAUCAUCGUCACAUUGUAGAGAAUGUCAUUCUU